AUGGGGGAUCGGUUUGCUGUUGGUUCAUUGAUGAGUUUCGGUGUCUGGGGAUUGCUUGCUUUCAGCUUUGUCGAUCCAUGUGAUGUCGCGUGUGCCAUUCCUCGCUCUCCUCGAUCACACGUUCAUCAAGCACGACAAACAGUGGUCCACUCACAAGCUGCCAAAGGUGGCUGUCUGGGUGCUGCUUUUUUCGAUCACGCCAAAACACGGGCCACAUUCAUCAGCCACCUUCUCGGAAAUGGGCCAUCCAGAAAUAGCUCGAAUGCACUACCGUUCGGCAGAACUGUCGAUGAAUUUGUGUUGCGCGGCAGUAAACGGAUUUGGCUCGCUGCCCAGUGCCAUUGCCGCCUGUUUAUCACUGAAGAACCGUGA